AUGGCGAGUAUUAGUGUUGGCAGGAUUUCUGAAUUUAAUCCAAGUGAGGAGGACAUUGUGCCCUAUUUGUUGCGCCUGAAACAUUUUUUCAAAGCGAACAAUGUCAAGAAGGAGAACGAGGUGUCGGUUUUAAUUACAGUUAUUGGUCCCAGGGUUUUAUCGGUCCUAUCCGAUUUAUUAUCACCGGUAGAGGUAGAUUCUAAGACCUAUGAUGAACUUGCAGCGUUGUUGAAAUUACAUUAUGCGCCCAAGAAGUUGGUUGUGGCGGAGCGAUAUGUAUUCUACUCUCGUGUGCAAAAGCCGGGCGAAAGCAUAGCGGAGUUUGUGGUUUCAAUAAAACAUUUGGCUAGUUCGUGCAAAUUUGGUACCGGUACCUUUUUGAAAGACGCUUUGAGGGACAAAGUGAUUUCCGGCAUUUCUAAUGAAACUAUCCGGCAGAAAUUGUUGUCGGAGGAAUUGGACUUUGACGAAGCUUAUGCGUCAGCGCUCAGGCUGGAACAGGCCGAAUCGCAGUCAAGCCUAUUUGUGCAACCUCGUGGGGACAUUGCGAAAAUCAAUGUGAAAAGUCAAAAUAGGCCUAAAACUUUCAUGCAUAGGAGUAGUGAAAAUCAAAAUUCUAGAAACUCUUGCUGGAGGUGUGGUUCUGCGGGUCAUUGGCCUAGUGCGUGUGCGUUCGCCAGUUACAAGUGUCACGGUUGUCAGAGAGUAGGUCAUCUCAAGAAAGUGUGUAAAGCCAAGAAAUCUUCUAGUUUCCAUGGUAAAAAGUCGACAUCUAGGAUGGGGGUCCAUCAAGUGGAGGAAGAGGUAGGCCUAGGCCUAGAAGUUCCAAUGGCAGAGAUAGGUCUGUACAACCUUAAAUCAGGAUCAGACAACGGCUAUAAGGUAGGCCUAGUGGCUAAUGAUGUAUAUUUAGAAAUGAUUCUAGAUACAGGCAGUGCCUUGACUAUAUGUCCUUCUGAGAUAUUUUAUGAAAAAUUUUCUAACCUCAAACUUAGGCCAGCAAAUGUGAAACUUACUACUUAUUCAGGUCAUGAUGUACCUGUUCUGGGACAAGUGAAUGUCAAUGUUAAAUAUAAUAAUCAGCAGGCGAGUUUGCCUUUGACAGUAGUUAGUUUAGAAAGUAAGAGUCAGCCGAUUCUGUUGGGGCGAAACUGGUUAGGCCAGUUGAGGUUAGAUUGGCAAAAUGUGUUUUCAUGUAAAGCCACUGUGGAUCACAGUUCUAAUUUAGACAUUGCUAAAUUGAAGAGUAAAUUUAAGUCAGUUUUUCAGCCUGGAACGGGCGAAAUUAAGGGUGUUAAGGCUCAAAUUGUCUUAAAGGAGGGGACAGUCCCUAAGUUUUGUAAGGCGAGACCAGUGCCUUUUGCGUUAAGGGAGAAAGUUGAGAGUGAGUUGGACCGCAUGGUUCAAGAGGAUGUUGCAUACAGAGUUACUAAUUCACAGUGGAGCACUCCACUUGUGGUUGUCCCUAAGCCUAAUGGUGUUAGGCUUUGUGCCGAUUAUAAGAUUACUCUUAAUCAGUGUAUUGAAAUGGAACAUUAUCCGCUUCCUCAGGCUCAAGAUAUUUUUGCAACUCUUGGCGGUUGCUCAGUUUUUAGCUGCCUUGAUCUUUCAAAUGCGUAUCAGCAAUUGGCGGUAGCGGAUGAAUCGCAACCUCUGUUGACCCUAGCUACCCAUAAGGGUCUGUAUCGUUUAAAAAGGCUACCAUAUGGUUUGUCUUCAGCUCCUGCAAUUUUUCAGUCAGCCAUCGACCAAAUUUUAACAGGUCUUCCAGGAACGGUGGCGUACUUAGAUGACGUCUUAGUGGCGGCUCGCUCUAAGGAAGAGGGGCUUGCCCGUCUGGCGCAGGUGCUGCAACGCCUUGAUGAGUCAGCUGCAGUUCUAUCUCAUCUCAUCGAUGGUCAGGAAAGGCCAAUAGCCUUCGCAUCGAAAACGCUAAGUUCCAGUGAACGGAAUUAUUCUCAGUUACAUCGGGAGGCUCUGGCUUUGAUCUUUGGAGUCAAAAAGUUUCAUAAGUAUAUAUAUGGAAGACACUGUAUUCUACAGUCUGAUCAUCAGCCGUUGACGGCUAUUUUUGGCUCUAAAAAGGGCGUUCCUAGUAUGGCGGCAGCUAGGCUGCAGAGAUGGGCCUUGAUUCUAUCAGCAUAUGAUUUGGAGGUUAGGUACCGGAAGGGAGUGGAUGUCCCUCACGCUGAUGCGUUGUCUAGGUUACCCUUAGCAGAAGCGGAACCUAUAGAGCUGGAUGCUAAUUUUGUUUCACAUGUAGAUAUGUGUACAGAAGUGAUGAACAAUUUCUGUGUUGUCAAGGACAUUGCACCUAUUACUGCCUUGCAUAUAGGUAAAAUGACGGAUAAGGAUCCGAUUCUUUCGAAGGUCCGAGAUUUUGUGAUGUACGGCUGGACGAGCUCGGUUGAGCCGGAACUAGCUAUUUUUCUAAGGAAGAAGGACGAGUUGUCCGUGGAACAAGGUUGUUUGCUGUGGGGUUCUCGUGUAGUGAUUCCAAAGAAACUGUAUUCAUCUGUGCUUCAAAUGUUGCAUGAUCAACACCCGGGAGUUACACGCAUGAAGAUGCUGGCGAGAAGUUAUGUCUGGUGGCCAGGCAUGGAGAAGUCGAUUGAAGACGUGGUGGCCUCUUGUUCUGCGUGUCAGUUAACUAGGAAUUCGAUACCUAAAGUACCGUUGCAGCAAUGGCCUACAACAUCAACCCGAUGGCAGAGGAUACACAUUGACUUUGCGGAGGAUCCAGAGUCGAGACAGCAACUUUUAGUUUUGAUUGACACAUACUCUAAAUGGUUAGAGGUAUUUAUCAUGAGUUCCAUGAAUUCUUCCAAGGUUAUUGAGAAACUCCGUACCUUGUUUUCAUCGUAUGGAUUGCCUGUCGAACUGGUGUCGGACAACGGAAGAUCUUUUACUAGUCAAGAGUUCAAAACCUUUUUGCAUAACAACAAUGUGAAGUUCACAUUAACUCCCCCGUAUCAUGCGGCUUCAAAUGGAUCUGCGGAGAGAAGUGUUCAGGAGGUCAAGAAAAACCUUUUGCGUCAAGUGAUUGAGGAACAUCAGCGUUCUCAGCGUACCACUCUUCAAAUGAAAUUAGAUAAUUUCUUGUUUGCGUACCGCAACACUCCAAAUACAGUUACUGGCUUAACUCCUGCAGAAAUGUUCCUGUCUUGGAAGCCUCGUACUCAGUUGGUUAUGUUAAAACCCAAUCUCCAGUCAUCCAUUGAUCAAAAACACAGGGAACAAAAAGAUGCAGCUGAUAGGCUUAGGGGAAGAAGCAGAUUUUUCUCAGAAGGUCAGGCAGUCUAUGUCAAAACUGUCCGAAAUGAAAAGAUAUCUUGGGUUCCUGGCAAAAUAAUUCUAAAGAGAAGUCCGGUCACCUAUCUGGUGAGUGUUAUUGGUGGAAAACCCCGAUUUUGUCAUGCGGAUCACUUGAGAGCUCGGUAUGCAGAAGAGGAGGAGAUUUUUGUAUCACCCAAGGAUCCCGUUGUAUCACCCCAAGUACCCAAGAAUUCACCCCCGCCGGAGGAUCGACCAACUAGUCCCAUGAUGAUGUCACCUGUACCUAGGCCUACUACCAGUCCCAGGGAGAGCCUAGGGCAAGCCCAGCCUCAGCCAACUCCUGCGUCGCCGCUAGCACAGUGCAGCCCACCACCCUCGCUGAGGAAGUCUGCACGGACUGUGCGAAAGCCUCACAGGCUGGACUUGUAA